UCGGCAUGGGGUUGACUGAUGUGUCGUUAUUUCAAAAGACGUCGUCGUUUUCAUGACACUCAUCACCAUUUUCACAAGCAAAAGCUCAACAACUUUCAACUCACUACACUGUCCGUUUCCGUUUCUGUCACAAUCUCUCACUUUUCUGAAGAAACGCCAAGAAGGGGAAACCGGAGAUGUUGCUGUUGAAUGCCCUAACUCUGGCGAGAACGAUGUUUUCUGUAAACGACAUCGUUUUUGAAGCCGACGACAUUGAAUUCGGCACCGUUUGGUGGUUUGUUUUCGCCGGUGUUUCUUGCUUUCUUGUUCUGUUUGCUGGUAUUAUGUCUGGUCUUACUUUGGGAUUAAUGUCUCUUGGCCUUGUUGAGCUUGAAAUUUUACAAAGAAGUGGCACUUCUACCGAGAAAAAACAAGCUGCUGUUAUUUUACCGGUGGUUCAAAAGCAACACCAGCUUCUUGUGACUUUGCUUUUAUGUAAUGCUUGUGCAAUGGAGGCACUUCCUAUAUAUCUUGAUAAAAUUUUCCAUCCGUUUGUUGCUGUGCUUUUGUCGGUUACUUUUGUUCUUGCGUUUGGGGAGAUCAUUCCGCAAUCUAUAUGUUCGAGAUAUGGACUUGCUGUUGGUGCAAAUUUUGUGUGGCUAGUGCGGAUCUUGAUGGUCAUUUGCUAUCCCAUUGCUUAUCCGAUUGGCAAGGUUUUGGAUGUUUCACUAGGACACAGUGAUGCUCUGUUUAGACGAGCUCAGCUUAAAGCACUUGUCUCCAUCCACGGACAAGAGGCUGGCAAGGGUGGCGAACUCACUCACGAUGAAACGACAAUUAUCAGCGGAGCUUUAGAUUUAACUCUGAAGACUGCAGAGGAGGCUAUGACACCAAUUGAAUCAACAUUUUCUUUAGACGUCAAUUCAAAAUUGGACUGGGAAGCGAUUGGUAAAAUUCUUGCGCGUGGCCAUAGUCGUGUCCCUGUCUAUUCAGGAAGUGCAAAGAACAUUAUUGGGCUCCUUCUGGUGAAAAGUAUGCUGACAGUACGGGCAGAAACCGAGACUCCAGUUAGUGCAGUUUCCAUCCGGAGAAUUCCUAGGGUUCCAUCAGAUAUGCCCUUGUAUGAUAUUCUUAAUGAGUUUCAGAAGGGAAGCAGUCAUAUGGCAGCUGUAGUCAAGGUUCAUGCAAAGAGCAAGAAUUCUCAGCCUACCAGUGAUGGAGAGAAAUUGUACGAAAAAAAUUUUGCCAAUGGGGAAUCUGAAUUGCAUGCACCUCUUCUCAUCAAGCAUGAUGAUAAAUCAGAGUCUGUUAUAAUUGACUUUGAGAAAGCUGCAAGGCCUCCAGCAAUCAAGCAAAAAAAAACACAUGAGCAAAAUGGUGCAGCAACAACCAUGUCUCAUCUAUUCGAGGAUGUCGAAGAUGGUGAAGUCAUUGGCAUUAUCACACUUGAGGAUGUUUUCGAAGAACUUCUACAAGAGGAAAUUGUGGAUGAGACAGAUGUGUACAUUGAUGUUCAUAAAAGAAUACGUGUGGCUGCUGCAGCAGCUGCUUCUUCUGUGGCACGAGCCCCAUCCAAUCGAAGGCUGCCUACCCAAAAGCCUGCAGGAGUUCAAGGUAAGCAGAGUCCAACCCUAAAGAAAUCUGGAGGGUGAUUUGCUUAUGGUAUCAAACAAGUGAUCUACACAAAGAUAUCUUCCAAGCAAAUAAGAGGUGACAUGAGAAUUCCUGUUAGGCAGUUAAAUUGUAGAUUUUAAAAUUUUGUUUCUAUGCCAUUGUCAGCUUUUCUGUUCAAUGUGAAAUACCACUUGUAUUUUCGAAACACACGGUUAGGUAGAUAACAAUGAAAUAUCAGGCCAUAGUUUUUUUUUUCUUCUCUCAAUUCUGUAUAUGAAAAUUUCCGUAACGAACUAUAGAAAUUAGAAAAUUUAAUUUACAUUGUUCCUCA